UCUGUUUUUCGACGCGACGACGACGCACUUUGCCAAAACAAAAAACAUCAAACUCUUCGUCAGUGGUCAGUCAGUACGCAGCACCUCUUCCUUCCGCGCGCGCUAGCUCUUAUAUUUUUAUUCGCGAAAAAAGAAACUUUCAUCAGAUUCAGUAGUGUGAUGCUGGAUCUUUCUCGCCGUUUGGAUUACUCAUCAGCGUUCAAAUAGUGCAUUCGAGAUGUUCAAUUGGUGAUAAAUAGCGAUUGGCGCUGAAAAGUUUGGGAAGUGAAGUACUCCUUUUGUGGUGGGAAUCCGCCCUCCGAUUUCCUCGAAGUCUUGUGCAUUUGUGUUUGCGUUUGCAAGCUCGUCGCUCUAGCUCAAGGCCAGUCCUCCUCCCCUCGAACAACACUCGACUCGAAGGCGACGUUCUCCGUCGCUUCGCUGGUUGGUGCGUUGUUCCGGAACGGGAACUACCGCCGUUGGGAUGGUUGGGAUGAGCAAUUUCACGCUGGAUCCUGCCAUCAUUGGCGUCGGCAGCGGAAGCAGCAGCAAGAGGUAUGAAAUCGAACGGAAAGCCCUGAUGGACGAACUGUUGGCAGUGGUGAAAGAAUGUCAGAAAAAGUACGGCGGGAAAACGGAACUGGCAACGGAGGAGGACUCAAGGAUUAUUUUGCUCUGUGAUACCUGGGAAAGGGUGCUUUCGCACGGACUGAAAUCGACCAGCUCGGUGCUGAAGAACGUGACUGACUUGGUGGCCGGGGGCAGCAUGGAAGUGCCAGUGAUGUGGGAAUUCACCUUCAAGCACCUGACCAAUCACGAGAAGGAACGUUUCUCCGCCCUGAGGCACGUCUGGACGAACUGCGGAAAGGGGAAGGCUCUGCUGCGGGCGAUACUGAACGAGAGGGCCCUUGAACGGUACAUGCUUAUCUGGCUCGGGGACGAGAAAAUCCUGGAGGAAAGCUACGAGAGCUGGGCCCUGAUGCGGGACGGAGAGAUCACCAGUUUGCUUCCGAACAUGGCCGCCGGAUUGAGCACGAUUCUGUUUGCCAUUUCUAUCGAUACGACGGAGCUGAAUACUCCCACGUGGGUUAAACCGGUGAAGGUCGAACCCGUAAUAGCGACACAGCCUCCGGCAGGCCGCGUUCGCAAAGUUAACGUCGUUCAGCGGGAAAUUCUGGACGAGAUUCCUCCGCAACCGAUACUCAAUCUGUCCUCAUCGCCGAGUUCUUUGCCAUCUGUAAAGCGAACGACGAAUAUAAACAUCAUCCGGGAAUAUACCGACGUCGGACCCGCUCCGUCCCGGCCGGAAGCCUACUCGGUGGAAGAUGCCCUCAAGAGUCUCUCUAUUGCACGUGAAUCGAAACCGCCCGAACCGGUCCCCGCAACCAGCAGCCCGGACAACGCACUGGAAGCCUCCGAAUACAGUAUUAUGGAAAACUAUUCGCACUCGCUGGACACGUCCACGGCGACCACGACGACGGUUUCCAACUGUUCCAGUACGGCCACUUCUGGGUCGGACUCUUCCACGGAACGGCAACAGGAACUUCCGGACGAAUCGGACGUGGCCGAGCGGAACGCGGCCAUAGUGGACCGGCUGAAACGAAAACUGGCCGAUUCGGAGGAACGUUGCCAGAUGUUGGAGGGCCGUGUCGCGGAACUGAGUUUGGAAAACCACCGGCUCCGGAUGCUGACCCGCUCGAACCGGCUCUCGAUGAUGCACUUCCAGAUCAGUAUUCCGAAGGCGAUCCUCCGCACGCCGGUCAGUGGCCGCCGCCGGGAACACUACUGCUACGAAAUUCGAAUAUCGCCGAACGGGACUGCCGACGGAGGCCACCACCAGCCCGAAUCGUGGUCCGUCUUCCGGCGGUACAGCGAGUUCUACCGGCUACACAAACGGCUCCAGAAGGAGUACCCCAGCGUGCGGACGUUGGACUUUCCACCAAAGAAGAAGAUCGGCAACAUGAACGCCCAGUUCGUGGAGCAGCGCCGCCAACGGUUGCAGGUCUAUCUCAACAGUUUGUUCAUAACGACACUACCAGAAGUGUCCGCGUGCAACACGCGGUCCCAACUGGAGCGAGCGUUCCCAUUCCUGAAGGAUGCCGUGUUGUAACUCCAGCUGGAUUCGUCAAAUCCGAAACGGUGGUCCCAAUCUACUGCGAAGAGAGAUUGCGGGACGUUAGCCGUGAAUGAAACCCUGAUAUUUUGUAUACCGAUAACAAAAAACUAUUUUUGUAAUUAAACCGCGCUCUUGGAAUCGCGGGGACACGGAUUUCAUAACUGAAUGUGUUAAUCGACUGCUGUGUUGAUCGAUCAACCUAUUGGACAAAGUGUGAUCGAAACCUAGGAUAUUGAUUGUAUUAAUCUGUUGUACGUAGUGAAAGUAAUGGUGAAUAUCAUGUAAUCAUUAAAAUGAAAAAUUGGUUCAAGUAUG